UCAGUACGAUCAAUCUUCAAAUUAAUCUUAUCCCCUCUAGCUCACGAACUACAAAAAGCCCAUCUUCAUUUCAAGCUUUGUUAUCUUUUCGAUCUGUUCCCUCUAUCUGUCUUCAAUUCACUAAGCAUAUAUAUAGAUCAGAUCCCUAGCAACAUUCACUUAGCUUAAUUAGUCCAUCGUUUGUAUUCCUAAAGUGCAACUGAUCCAACUGUGGAAGAUGAGAGAAAUUCUGCACAUCCAAGCCGGACAAUGCGGCAACCAAAUCGGUGGCAAGUUCUGGGAGGUUGUGUGCGAUGAACACGGCAUUGAUGCCAAGGGAAAAUACGUUGGCAAUUCGAGGCUUCAACAAGAGAGGGUGAAUGUUUACUUCAAUGAAGCCAGCGGAGGGCGGUACGUCCCCAGAGCUGUUCUAAUGGAUCUUGAGCCAGGCACCAUGGAUAGCUUGAGGACAGGACCUAUUGGCCAAAUCUUCCGGCCGGACAACUUCGUUUUCGGACAAAAUGGAGCUGGUAACAAUUGGGCCAAGGGCCAUUACACUGAAGGCGCCGAGUUGAUCGACUCAGUUCUCGAUGUUGUUCGUAAAGAGGCUGAGAAUUGUGAUUGUUUGCAAGGCUUCCAGGUUUGCCAUUCCCUCGGCGGUGGAACCGGUUCGGGGAUGGGGACGCUGUUGAUAUCGAAGAUCAGGGAAGAAUAUCCCGAUCGGAUGAUGCUCACAUUCUCGGUCUUCCCUUCGCCUAAGGUCUCCGACACCGUGGUGGAGCCGUACAAUGCAACCUUGUCUGUACACCAAUUGGUGGAGAACGCCGAUGAGUGCAUGGUCCUUGACAACGAAGCCCUCUAUGACAUCUGCUUCCGAACUCUCAAGCUCACAAAUCCCAGCUUCGGCGACCUGAACCAUCUGAUCUCAACUACCAUGAGUGGAGUGACUUGCUGCCUCCGAUUCCCUGGUCAACUCAACUCCGAUCUCCGGAAAUUAGCCGUCAACCUCAUUCCCUUCCCACGUCUUCACUUCUUCAUGGUUGGAUUUGCACCGUUAACGUCCCGCGGGUCUCAACAGUACCGAGCCCUGACCAUCCCUGAGCUCACCCAACAGAUGUGGGAUGCCAAGAACAUGAUGUGCGCCGCUGACCCGCGCCAUGGCCGGUACCUCACCGCUUCGGCGAUGUUCCGAGGCAAGAUGAGCACAAAAGAGGUCGAUGAGCAAAUGAUAAAUGUCCAAAACAAGAACUCUUCUUACUUCGUUGAGUGGAUCCCGAACAAUGUGAAAUCAAGCGUCUGUGACAUCCCCCCAACGGGGUUGUCGAUGUCGUCGACGUUCGUCGGGAAUUCAACGUCAAUCCAAGAGAUGUUCCGACGUGUUUCGGAGCAAUUCACGGUGAUGUUCCGUAGGAAGGCCUUCUUACACUGGUACACCGGAGAGGGAAUGGAUGAGAUGGAGUUCACUGAAGCCGAGAGUAACAUGAACGAUUUGGUAUCUGAGUACCAGCAGUACCAAGAGGCUGUUGUUGGGGAGGAGGAAGAUGAGUAUGACGAGGAGGCGGUGGAGAAUUAGGAGGAGAGGCGGAGAACUUCGGUGGCGUCGGAUAUCCAGAAGAGAAGAAAAAAGAAAAAGGGUGUUGAUUAUUGAUACGAUUGGUGUUUGUUAUGGGCGAAAAUAAGGCGACUGAGCUAGUAACAGUAUUACAGUAACAGUGCUUCUCUCUCUCUCUCUCUCUAUAUAUAUAUAUAUCAUCCCCAUCCCCUCCCUUGAGAGUUGAGACAAGAGAUUCUGAGAGUAGAGAUUGUUUGUCUGUAUGCAUAAAAUUAGAGAAUUUUUAGGUGUAAAUUAUCCCUUCUCAGUUCACACUUUGUGUGGCUCUGAACGAGCUUUGUUUGCAUUUGUUUUGUCUUGUCUGAUAUUCGUCCUUCAAAGUUUAAAGCUUAUUGAUUUGGUUGCAGAAUCCAUUAUCUGUAAA